CUGGCCCCCAACCUGGAUGGAGUGAAAGAUGCGGCCUGAUGACAUUAACCCAAGGACUGGGCUGGUGGUGGCCCUGGUCAGUGUCUUCCUGGUCUUUGGUUUCAUGUUCACCGUCUCUGGGAUGAAGGGGGAGACGCUGGGGAACAUCCCCCUCCUGGCCAUCGGGCCGGCCAUCUGCCUACCAGGCAUCGCAGCCAUUGCCCUGGCCAGGAAAACCGAGGGGUGCACCAAGUGGCCCGAGAACGAGCUGCUGUGGGUGCGCAAACUGCCCUGCUUCCGGAAGCCGAAGGACAAGGAGGUGGUGGAACUGCUGAGGACCCCUUCAGACCUGGAGUCGGGCAAGGGGAGCUCUGAUGAGCUGGCCAAGAAGGGGGGCCUCCGGGGGAAAACGCUCCCCCAGGGGCAGAGCGAGGUGCCCAUGGCCAGCUCCAUCACCACCCCUACACCCACAGAGGAGGGAGAAUGUCAGAGCCUGGUCCAGAGUGGGCAUCGGGAGGAAACAUCCAGAUACCUGGAUGGCUACUGUCCCUCAGGCAGUUCCCUCGCCUACAGUGCCUUGGACGUCAAGGGCUCAGCCUGGGACAGAUCCGACUGCCCUGAGCUGGAGGACAGCAUCUUCUUUGUGCCCCAGGACAGUAUCAUCGUUUGCUCCUACAAGCAGAACAGCCCCUAUGACAGGUACUGUUGUUACAUCAAUCAGAGCCAAGGCAGGUGGGACCAUGAGACCAUAGUCUAAGCUUUGCAUACCAGGGCUGCCAUGCUGAUGAACAUGACAGCCAGCUGCCAACGGAAGGCGACUGCUCUGCUCCAACAGCCUUCAGGCUGUUAGAAAUGGACCUGGUAUGUGAUGGGUGUGCAGACCUCUGGUGCCUGAGAGGCAUGUGUGGAUAUAGGCAUUUUGGAGAAGGCUGGUGAGGGGAAGGAUGCUGGGGAGGGCAGGAAGCACUUGGAUUGCUUCUUCACAGACUGAAACAAUGUUGACUGUUUUGUAAAAUAACGGAAAGAGUGCCUAACUCUGGAGUGGGCUGCAGAUGCAGGCAUCAGAGGAACCCAGGGACACUGAGCUGCUUUGUCUGAAGAAACCAAAAGAAAAAAGUCAGUGCUCCAUUAUAUGAAAUCAGUUCUAUCUGGCGAAAAGCUUUUCACACCUUAUGUUGACUGAUUUAAAAAAAAAAAUCAAAACAGAAUAGUCAAAUCCCCCUUAGAAGGGAUUGCUUUUGAGAAAGGGGAAUUAAAGACAGUUGAAUUAUGUAAUUGAGUUUUAUGGCAUUAUCCUUUGACCAGAUCAUGAUUUCAAGUAAAGUAAGUAAGUGUGACCAGCUAGGUGAAAAGUAAUAUUUUUGGAUGAAGAGGUUACUUCUUAAAGUUUUGUC